AUGGAUCAGGAGAAGCUCAAGCGCAUGCAGGCGCAGGUGCGAAUUGACCGCGAAACGACUAACUUCAAGGGUAGGCUUGUCCACGAGGAGGGAUACUCACUGUUGGUUUUUUUAUCCAGAGGCAAAGGCACACCGCGAAGAAAGACCAAGAAGGUUCACAAAUCCUCCGGCACCGACGACAAGAAACUGCAGACUUCACUGAAAAAGCUGAAUGUACAGCCCAUCCAGGCGAUCGAGGAGGUGAACAUGUUCAAGGAAGAUGGAAAUGUGAUACAUUUUGCUGCACCAAAGGUCCACGCAUCUGUCCCCUCCAAUACGUUUGCCAUCUACGGCAACGGCGAGGACAAGGAAUUGACAGAACUGGUACCGGGAAUCCUGAACCAGCUGGGCCCGGACUCGCUGGCGUCGUUACGCCGUCUCGCUGAGUCAUAUCAGAGCUUGCAAAAGAAAGAAGGCGGAGAGAAGAAAGAAGGUGACGACGACGAUGACGAGAUACCAGAUCUUGUCGAGGGUGAGAACUUUGAGGGCAAAGUCGAGUAA